UCCAUUUCUCAAACCAUCUCUAAUCAAAACCCUAAAUUUGCAAAUUUUCUCGGGAAAAUGUCAGGUCGUGGAAAGGGUGGAAAGGGGCUUGGCAAGGGCGGAGCAAAGAGGCACAGGAAGGUUCUGCGCGACAACAUCCAAGGCAUCACGAAGCCCGCGAUUCGGAGGCUGGCGAGGAGAGGCGGCGUGAAGAGGAUCAGCGGUCUCAUCUACGAGGAAACCAGGGGAGUGCUCAAGUUCUUCUUGGAGAACGUGAUCCGUGAUGCGGUGACGUACACGGAGCACGCCAGGAGGAAGACGGUCACCGCCAUGGAUGUCGUUUAUGCUCUCAAGAGGCAGGGCAGGACUCUCUAUGGCUUCGGAGGUUAAAGAAUAUCACGUUUGCUUUUGGAAGUAGAACGUUUGUCCUUUUGCGUUGUGAUCUUGGAUUUUGUUCUUUUGUGUAAUGUAAAUCUUAAAUGAAAUGAAAGCAUAACCAAUUCUGUGUAGGCGGAAUUGGAAUCUAGAGUUUAAUUUUGAGGUGAAUGUGGUUACUGUGUUAAAAGUUUGACUUGGUGAACACCAGUGCAUUCUCAGUUUCUA